AUGUCGAGUUCUCAAUCCGCCAUUCUGCUGCUAGCACUCGUUGGUCUCGCUGUCGUCUGCUCGGCUCAGCCCACCCCAAAAACAACAACUUCGCCGCCGAAAACAACGUCUGUGUCCAAGUCGAAUGGGGGUGCGACGCCAGCAGCGCCGAAGACGCCAUUUGACGAGGCGAUCAAGAAGCUCAACGACUCUGGUUACACCAACUUCGUCUCCCUCGUCAAUGCUUACGGCAAAAUCAAGGAGGUUAAAGCCGCACCCUCUAAACCGCUGACGAUGCUCGUUCCCAGCAACGACGCAAUCAAGAAGGUGAAGAUCACGUCGUACAAAACCACGGAGCUCGCAGCGCUUGUCGGCUUCAGCGCAUUCAAAGAAGUCAUUCCUGGCGACGUGCUCAAAUCGCUGCCCGAGGGAAAAAACAUCACCACGCUGACCACGUUCAAAAACGGCAAGCCAAUGACGCUGCAGAAGCUGGCGAACAACAAGAAGGGGCAGAUUGUGCUGCAGGGGAAGAAGGGCAGCACGAUGGCUAUUACCAAGCUGAACUUCUACGUCAAGCCUGGCAAGCUCAUCGUUCACACCACGGAUGCGAUCGCGUUUCCCAGUACUCUUGACGGGAAAGUAAUGUAG